AUGAUGCGUUUCUCUAUCGUCUUUGCUCUCCUCCCUCUCGUUGCCGCGAUCCCUACCAAGCGGGUCGACAACCGCCAGUACAUCCAUCUCCAGCUUGGCAGCGACAACGGCCAACAGCUCUGCGCCGGCCUCGCCGACGCGUCUGCUACCUCGUUUUCCGCCGCUACAUGUGGCGCUGGCGGCUACGGCGACUCUGACAUCACCGAGCUCGUCGUGCUCUACGGCGUCGGCAAGUCGAGCCCGCUCGAGAUCACUUCGCACGGUUGCCCAACGUCUACCGGCGCUUCUUUGACCGGCGGCUCCAACGUUCCCGUUGUCGACUGCGACAUCGACGACCAGGCACAGUUCUUCACGGUUCAGGAGGACGGGACUGUCACGAACGAUGCGACGGGUACUUGCCUUACCCUUGGCAAGGCCGCGCCUGGCGCUCCUCUCACUCUCAGCUCUUGCGGCGGCGACUUUGCCGACAAGCAAACCUUCACCUGGAGUAGUGCGGUCUAA